AUGUUUCCAUUACCAAUUACAACAGAAAAGCCAACAGAAAUUUUAGAAUGCGAUGAAAAAACUCCAGAUUCACAUGUCGCAAGAGAUGCACGAUUAAUUCGUUUAACGGGAAUUCAUCCAUUCAAUUGUGAACCACCAUUAAAACUUCUAUAUGAUCAUGGCUUUUUAACUCCAACUGAAUUAUGGUUUGUUCGUAAUCAUGGACCUGUUCCAAAUGUAUCUGACGAAGAUAUUUCUAAUUGGACGAUUUAUAUUGAGGGAAUGAUUGAAAAGCCCAUGUCAUUUACACUGAAUGAACUUUUCAAAUUUCCUCAAAUAACAAUUCCAGUCACAAUGGUUUGUGCAGGAAAUCGACGUAAAGAACAGAAUAUCAUACGAAAAGGCCAUGGAUUUAAUUGGGGAAGUGCUGCCGUUAGCACAGCUUUAUUUACUGGAGUCUUAAUAAAUGAAAUUCUUCAAUUAACUAAACCAAAAUUGGAAGCAAAAUACAUGUGGAUGGAAGGAAUUGAUCAACUCCCGAAUGGUCAUUAUGGAACAAGUAUUCGUUUAUCAACUGCAAUGAAUCCAUCGAUGGGUGUCAUGUUAGCUUAUAAAAUGAAUGGUGAACUCUUAAGACCUGAUCAUGGACGUCCUCUUCGUAUUGUGAUUCCUGGACAUAUUGGUGGAAGAAGUGUUAAAUGGUUAAAACGAAUUAUUCUCAGUGAUAAACCAAGUGAUAAUUGGUAUCAUAUUUACGAUAAUCGAGUUCUACCAACAAUGGUAACACCUGAAAUAGUGGAAGAUGAUAAAUCUUGGUAUAAAGAUGAACGAUAUGCUUUAUACAAUCUUAAUAUUCAAAGUGUCAUUUGUUAUCCGACUCAUGAUGAGACAAUUGAAAUUGAAGAAGAGAAAUAUUAUCAUAUUCGUGGAUAUGCUUAUAAUGGAGGUGGAGUACGUGUUGGAAGAGUCGAAAUCUCUCUUGAUCAAGGUCAAACAUGGAAAUUGACAACGAUUAACUAUCCUGAAGAUCUUUAUCGAGAAAUAAAAUCAGAUGAAGAACUGUUCGGUGGAAAAUUAGAUAUGUCACAUCGAGAAAAUUGUUUUUGUUGGUGUUUUUGGAAUAUCGAAGUUUCAAUAAACGAACUUUCAAAAGCAAAAGAUAUUCUCGUUCGUGCAAUGGAUGAAUCAAUGAAUAUUCAACCACGAGAUAUUUAUUGGAAUCUUCUCAGUAUGUUAAAUAAUUGUUGGCAUCGGAUAACAAUUACAAAACAAGAUAAUACAAAUCAAUUAUUAUUUGAACAUCCAACAAUACCUGCUUUGACAAAAGGUGGAUGGAUGGAAAAAGUGAAAGAACAAGGGAGAAAUCUUAUCGAUGGAUUUUGGGGAUCACAAAAUGAGAUUUCUACUGAAUAUCUAUCAUCGAAUAUUAAGAUGACAAAUGAUUCAAUAACAGAAAUCAUCACUGAAGAAGAAUUAUCCAAACAUAAUACAAAUGAUGAUACAUGGAUUGCGAUCAAUGGAAACGUUUAUGAUGUAACUCGAUAUUUAAAAGAACAUCCCGGUGGUACAAAUUCGAUUUUAUUAUCAAGUGGUGCGGAUGCUUCCGAAGAUUUCUUAGCUAUUCAUAGUGAUCAUGCAAAAUCAUUAUUAACACAAUAUCACAUUGGAAUUCUUCAGACAAAUUCAAACAAUGUCACUCAACGAGAAGUAUUUCUUUCACAAAAGCAAUGGAGAAAAGCCAAAUUACAUAAGAAAAUCAAUGUUAAUCAUGAUACGGUACUUUUUACAUUUACAUUGGAACAUUCGAAACAAAGGUUAGGUGUACCAGUGGGAAAACAUUUAUUUAUUCGAUGUUUCACUGAAUCACAUACAAAACUGGUUCGAGCAUAUACACCAAUAUCUGAACCAAAUCAAUGUGGAACAUUUGAUUUACUUAUUAAAUUAUAUCGAACACCGAAAGCUGCGAGAAUGUCUUUAUGUAUCAAUGCAUUGAAAAUAGGUGAUACAGUUGAAUGUAAAGGACCAUUUGGAGAUUUUGAAUAUCAUCAGAAUAAAAUCUUUUCAAUUCACGGCAUCGAGAGAAAGAUUAAUAAACUGACGAUGAUUGCUGGUGGAAGUGGAAUUACGAGAAUUUAUCAAAUAUUUCAACAUGCCUUUCGAGAUCAUAUUCAAUGUAAUUUAAUUUAUUUCAAUAAAACAGAAAAAGAUAUUCUUUUACAUGAUGAACUUCAAUCUUUAAAACAAGUUCAAUUUAUUAUUACACGUUUAAAUACAAAUUCCAAUCAACAUUUAACUCGAAAUCAAAUACAAGAUGUUCAUGAUGGUUUAUUACUUUGUUGUGGUCCACCUGACAUGUCUGAUGAUGUUUAUAAACUUGCAAACGAUGCUGGAUGGAAUGUCAAUGAACAAUUUAUUCGUUUUUAA